UCGCCAGCUAAAAUUGUACUCUGUGUAUCCAGCCAUGUUGUUCUGUCUCGUAAUAAUUUUCCUCUAGUUUCUACGAGUGUUACUUAAAAUGGUUGAAUAUUGAAUGAAUAGCAUUCUCUGUGUGUAUACAGACAUUUUAAAAGCGUCACAAAGAGUUCAUUAUCUUAUUACGAAGGUGUUGUAGCUACAGUAAUCUUUGAAUUACAAUGGCCAAGAAAAAGGUGAAAUCUAAGGCUAAACAACCAUCGAAAUCAUCUGUAGCCCAGAACAUAAGUUCGGAGGUAAUAGCUGCGGCUUAUAGCCCUGCUGCCCAACCAGUUUUCAUGAAAGUUUGUCGCCUGUGCGAAAGCAAAGAUGGGCCCUUUCUCAACAUCUUUGACGCUGACAAAGUUACUGCCAAAAAGAUUGACGAAUUGAUGCCUUUUGGGAUUACAGAAAAUGAUGAUCUUCCACACAAAAUUUGUUUCCGGUGUUCAGCAAAAUUGGAAGAACUUUACGAAUUUAUUCAGAAAUGUAUCAAGACACAAGAGAGUUUGCGCUCAUCAAUAGGUAAGACUGGCCCAUUUCUCACUAAAACCAAAACUAGAAAAGCUUGGGAAGAAAAGUUGAAUAAAACUAAUAUGAGCAAUGAUGACAUCUGUGAUGCUUUGAUAAAGAAAGCAAUGGAAGGUAUAAAAGAAAUUCCUCUUACGUCACCUGAAAAAGAAGAUUCACCUCCACCACCUAAAAGGGUUACUAGAACUGCUCAAAGAUCUGAGACAGUUGCAUUUAAAAAAGAAUCUACGUCUGAAGAAGACGAGGAAAGUGACAAAAAUACUAAAAGAAUUGUUGUGCCCCCAGAAAAAGUUAAUACAAAAGUACCCCCUUCUAAACCAACCGCUUCUAAGCCACCUAAAUCUAGUAAUAGGAAUUCUGGUACUCCAAUACAACCCAGCAUUAAUAAAAAUACACCACAAAGUGAAGCAAAACCUAGUGUAGUGAAAGUUAAAAACAAUUCACUCAUAAAUAAUUUAAGCUUUGAUUACGAAGAAGAAAAACCAUCUAGUGAUGACGAAAAAUCGGUCACAAACGAAGAAAAGUCAUCCAAAAAAGAACAAAAAGCCAAGGAGGUGGAGGCCGAAAAACCUUUUAAUAUAAUGGACCACAUAAGCAUUAUUAAAGUAAAUCAAGUUGGUGUGCUAUUUCAGUGCAAAUUCUGCAAUAGGAACUUCCUGAAAAAAGAAGUAGUCGAAUCUCACAAUUGUGCAAAAAAUGGAAUUCCGAAACAGAUGCCUAAGACUGACCCUAUUCCAGAACCUCCUCGUGUUUCUACAGUUAAAUAUAUAAAACUUGAUGGUGAUUUGAAAAAGCCAAACUCAUGGAAGUCCUAUUCGUAUGAAAAUGGUCAUUCUUCAAGUGAUCAUAACUCAGGUACUACAAAUAGCAAUAAAAAUAUCGAUAGUAAUGACAGGAUAGAAAAAGAGCAUAGACCAGAAGAAAAUGUUCAACCUGUUCCAAAAGUAAAACCUAAGCCAAGAAUAGGACCAGCAAGCAAAAUCAGACGCUUCGAAACUGAUUCGAAUUCAGGGUCUGCUCAAAAUGAUUCCGAUUCUCAACAAUCACAUUCAUCUAACGUUCAGUCACCAUCGGUACACAUUCCUUCUGCGCCUAAUCUGAAUGGUCGCUUUAAAUUAGUUCCUGGGCCGAAUAACAUAUUUACCUUGGUUGAAGACACAGUAGCGCCUGCUACAGGAAACCAAAAAUCUGGCAAGAAACGAAAAUCUGAUAGCGAAAGUGAAUUAAAAUCAAAAGAGCGUAAAAAAGAUUACCAUGAAAAAUCUAAAAGUCCAGAUGAUGAUAAACCAAAGCCAUACCCGGUCGGAUUAUUUCAAACUGUAGCCCGCCAGUGUGAACCUAUAAAUGUUGCCCCUCCGACCUCAUUUACAACGCCCGCCAUGAAAAAACAGUCUUAUACUAUAGUUCAGACUGGGAAUCCCAGUAAAUUACUAAUAUCAACGAAAGCGCUAGCUCCCCCCGCAGAAGUGCCUAAAAAACGCCAAAGGAAAACGAAACCUGAAGUAAGAGAAGAUGUGGAAGAGCAAGAACCGUUUCGAGUCACGUUAGAAGACGUGGCACAUCCGAAGGACACAGGUUUCUUUACCUUUAUUAAUGUAGACCCUCUUUUGCAACCAUCAUAUGUUUUACCCACAGAUAAUAUUAUCCAAGAAUCACAAAUUUCUACUUCUACAGCUCUUAAUGCUCCAGAAAGCAGUAAAGAAAGUAAAGAUAAAGAUAAAGACAAGUAUUCAUGUAAUAUGUGUGGAGAGAAUUUCACAAGGGAGAAAAAGUUGCUCGCCCAUAUACAGCUUCAUUACACGAAGAUGGAUGAAGAGGAUCUUUUAAGAGCGGAGAAGGGUUCUUCCAAGAAGAGAUCAAGAAAAUAAAAGCGGUAGUUUUGCGGUUAUUAUUAGAAGCGAGAUUUAUUCAUAUUUAUAAACAAUCGGGCCUUAGGCGCGAUAUAUUACUAAAAAGAUACAAUACCUGUACCGAAAGAAAAAGGUUUCGUACUUUUAUAGUAAUAGUAGCUGUUUCCCCGCGAUUUCACCCGCGUUCCAAAACGUCGACAAAAUAUAGUCAAUUUGCUUGCAUCAGGACUGCUGUCACAAAUCACCGAUCCUCUCGAAAUACAUGUAGAGAGUUGCUACCUCAUUGCUACCAGCUACCAUUAGUACCUUGGUUUUAAAGAUAUUCAUUUUCUAACAAAAAUAAAUUAGCAAUAUCUUCAAAACCACGAGGGUAGCAAUUGGUAGCAACUAAUGGUAGCUGGUAGCAAUUAGGUAGCAACUCUCUAUUAUGUCUUUCGAGAGGAUCGGUGAUUUGUGACAGCGGUCCUGACGCAGACGUCAAUUUUACUCGGGAAUUGUCUUCCCACCAGUAAAAGAAUUUUUGAAAUCGUUUUAGUAGUUCCGGAGCCUUUACGGUACAAACAAUAAAAAAAAUGUUUCCUCUUUAUUACAAAUAUUAGUAUCAAGCUUAAGUCCCGAUUGUUUAUGAAUAUGUAUACAACUCCGGAAAUUUAAAAGCCUUUCAGUGAGAUUUAUUACUUGUGACUACAGCUUCUGUUAAGGACACAGCAGUAGGCUCAGAGUUACGUUUUCUGUCGCGCAGUAUUGUGAGAUAUUGCCAACAAAAUAAAUAAUUCAAUGUGAACGUUUCGACUGUUAACGGGAAAUCCAAAAAUAAAAUGGUUUUUUGAUGUUUUACUUUUAAGAUCUUAUCAUUCGCAGUAAUAACAUACCUCAAAGUAGUUUUUGAUAUUUAACUCCGAAAGUUCUUCUAAUCCGAUUGUGUAACCCGGUAAACAUUUUAAUGCAAAAGAUAGUUGUAUUUCGUAAGACUUAAAAAAAAAACAUUUUGUUAUGUAUAUUCCGUUAACAGGCGAAGCAUUCACCUAAAUUUUUACCUUUAUGAUUACAGUGGUGCAAAUGUUCCGAAAUUCUUUCAUCAUUACAAUUUUCACGUGACAAGCAUCUAAUUAAAAACUACAAGAUGCCGUUGUUGCGAAAAUGUAGCAAGAUUUCGGUAAAACCUUAAUUCUAUUAAAUGUUGUAAAUAAGUUAAGCCAUGAGCAUGAUAGGAAAUAUUUUAUUUUUCCCUAAAACUUGCGGUAAUGCGUCGAUUGUAAAAUUGUUGUAAUAUUCACAGUUUACUUUAAACGAUUAGUUGAGUAUUCGUUGGCCGCGUACAAAGCCGCGGGGAUAGGACAGCAAUCGGGGACGGGGUAAGGGGAAAGCUUCGAGUCUUGUCGCCCUAAAUUUCCUCAGUCCUGAUUUAUCCCCAGGGCAUUUUCUCCUCAGGCAUGGACCCAACUAAUCACUUCGGCGUUAGCUGGGAGAUAUACUGCGUCCGAUGUAUCUUGGUGAGUCUUAGGUGGGCCGACUAGCUGUGUUGUAAAUAGUUAUUUGGAAACCUACUGUCCAUCUAUACAGCUCACUUUAGACUCCAAAUUGCAUCGGGCGUACUGUAGUUUGGUUAAGUUUUUAUAUAAAAGUUUAUUUCUAGUGUUGCCAGAUCUAAAAUGAGUACCUAUAUGGUAGAAAAAAGUAUAUUCAAAUAAAAAAGUUUUCUAUUAUACCUAUAUAUACUUUUUUCUACCAUAUUUUUCGUUUUGCAAUUUUUCACUGUCGCUGAGACUGAAUUGAAUGCAGUCAAUUUAAGGACCUCUUGAUUUUAAGUUGUUUGAAAAUCAAACUAAAUAUCAAUUCCGUAAUAUAGUCUGUUUUUUAAUCUCGUAGACUAA